AUGGCAGAGAAGCGGCGACCCUCGCCCGGCACCGCGAUGAGUCUCAAGGCUCACGCCUUCUCGGUAGAGGCGCUGAUUGGAGCCGAGAAGCAGCAGCACAAGCAGCCGAAGCGCCGCAAGCUGGGCGGCGAGGAGGAGCCGGCGGCGGCGGCGGAAGAAGCGGGCAGCGGCUGCCAAAAGGGCUCCAGCGAGGGCGCCGAAAGCGCCCCGUUGCAGCCCCACGCUGGGGCAGUAUCGGCGCCUGGCAGGAGCUGCGGCGAGCUGGAGCUGAGCUGCGGCGUCCGGGGACCCGCCGGCAGCUGCGAGGAGAGUUUCCUAGGAGGGUCCCCGCCAGUGUCGCCCGGCGGCUCCCCCAAGGGGUCUAGGGCCGGUUCCCCUCCACCAACCCCGCAAGCGCCCCGGGUAGAUCUGCAGGGAGCCGAGCUGUGGAAGCGCUUCCAUGAGAUCGGCACCGAGAUGAUCAUCACCAAGGCAGGAAGGCGGAUGUUCCCCGCAAUGAGAGUGAAGAUCUCAGGUUUAGACCCACAUCAGCAAUAUUACAUUGCCAUGGACAUUGUGCCAGUGGAUAACAAAAGAUACAGGUAUGUUUACCAUAGUUCGAAGUGGAUGGUGGCCGGGAAUGCUGAUUCACCAGUACCUCCUCGUGUUUAUAUUCACCCUGAUUCACCCGCCUCAGGGGAGACCUGGAUGAGGCAAGUGAUCAGCUUUGACAAACUGAAACUUACAAACAACGAGCUGGACGAUCAAGGGCAUAUUAUCCUUCAUUCUAUGCACAAAUACCAGCCCCGUGUCCAUGUCAUUCGUAAAGACUGUGGUGAUGAUCUGUCUCCAGUCAAGCCCAUUCCUUCAGGAGAAGGCGUCAAAGCAUUCUCCUUUCCUGAAACUGUUUUCACUACUGUAACAGCAUACCAGAAUCAACAGAUCACUCGAUUGAAGAUUGAUAGGAAUCCAUUUGCCAAAGGAUUUAGAGAUUCUGGACGUAACAGAAUGGGACUGGAAGCUUUAGUGGAGUCCUAUGCAUUCUGGAGACCUUCACUGAGGACACUUACAUUUGAAGAUAUACCUGGGAUCCCGAAACAAGGAAAUGCAGGCUCCUCUACUUUACUCCAGGGACCUGGCAAUGGAGUUCCAUCUACCCACCCUCACCUCUUACCUGGGUCCCCUUGCUCUUCUCCUGCCUUCCACCUGGGUCCCAACACUAGCCAGCUCUGUAGCCUUGCUCCAGCUGACUAUUCGGCUUGUGCCCGCUCAGGCUUAACCCUUAACAGAUACAGCACUUCUCUGGCUGAAACCUACAACAGGCUCACAAACCAAACCAGUGAGACCUUUGCACCCCCAAGGACUCCCUCUUAUGUGGGUGUGUCAAGUAGCACAACUGUGAACAUGUCUAUGACGGGCAAUGACGGUGAUGCAUUCAGCUGCCCACAAACCGGUUUAUCUAUGCAGAUAUCAGGGAUGUCGCCACAGCUUCAGUACAUCAUGCCAUCCCCAUCAAGCAAUGCCUUCACCACUAAUCAAACCCACCAAGGCUCUUACAAUACGUUUAGACUACACAGUCCCUGUGCUUUGUAUGGAUAUAACUUUUCCACAUCCCCCAAACUGGCUGCCAGUCCUGAGAAAAUUGUUUCUUCCCAAGGAAGUUUCUUGGGGUCCUCACCAAGUGGAACCAUGACUGAUCGGCAGAUGUUGCCCCCUGUGGAAGGAGUUCACUUACUUAGCAGUGGGGGGCAGCAGAAUUUCUUUGACUCUAGGACCCUAGGAAGCUUAACACUGUCAUCAUCUCAAGUGUCUGCACAUAUGGUUUGA